AUGGUGCCGGCUGCCGAAAGGAUCGCAAGAAAAAAAAUGAUCGAGGGCGACUCCUUGUACGUAGAGAACAUAACUGGGGAUGGAAAUCACUUCACCGUGUUCGGUGCAGGUUCUACUUCCGCUGUUAACCUACUGGAAAAGUCAUGUUCUUGUAGGAAAUAUGACUUGGUCAAGAUACCGUACACUCACGCAAUGGUUGCUUUGACAUCGAAGCAUGGCGAUGAGUAUGGUAUGAGCAUCUAUGAAUAUUUUUCGCCUUUAUAUAAAGCUGAAACAUACCUUCUUGCAUACUCUGAAUCUAUCAAUGUUGUCCCUAUCGAAUCGGAAUGGUGUGUGCCAGAAGAGUUGCUAAGCGUGAAUAUUUUUCCACCCCUUGUCGAUACCAAGCUUGGAAAGAAGAAAAAAAUGUGUCAAGGGUGUCGGAGAGAAUUUCAAAAGCAAGAGGAGGAACAAAUGUUCAAUUUGUAA